CUACUGGUCUACUGUCAGAUUGUUAUCUGUUUCCCCAUAGUCAGUUGAUAUUUUGUUUUUUAUAUAGAACUGUUAUAAAAUCUAUAAGUUUAAGGUUCUAUUUUAAAAUGAUAAAACUCAGAUUUAUUCUUGGCAGAUGACUGUACCAGGAGCUCAAAGAAACAUGUGAUGUUAUCAGAUUUUAGAACAGAUGAUUGUGGUGUCACAGCAGAUACAUAUGAAGAGCUUGCCAUUAUCUCAGAUGUAUCCUCAGCAGCUCACAGCAAAGAUCUAUCAUCUGAUCCUUUGGAUGGAUUUCAAUCUUCUGAUUUAUCACAGACUGUUAAGCAAAAUAAAAGCCACAGAAGAAGUGUUCAUCAUCAAAGAAGUCAUACAGGGGAGAAUACUCUUUCAUGCUCAGAAUGUGGGAAAGGUUGUAAAUCUAAAUCAGAUCUUAUUAGACAUAAGAGAACUCACACAGGGGAGAAGCCAUUUUCAUGUUCAGAAUGUGGGAAAUGCUUUCAGCAGAAAUCACAUCUUCUUAACCAUCAGAGAAUUCACACAGGGGCGAAGCCAUUUGCUUGUUUACAAUGUGGGAAAUCUUACACACAGAAAUCAUGUCUUGUUAUACAUGAGAGAAGUCACUCAGGGGAGAAGCCAUUUUCUUGUUUAGAAUGUGGGAAAUGUUUCACUGAUAAAUCAACUUUUGGUAAACAUCAGAGAGGUCACACAGGGGAGAAGCCAUUUUCUUGUUUAGAAUGUGGGAAAUAUUUCAUAUAUAAAUCAAAUCUAGUUGUACAUCAGAGAAUUCACACAGGGGAGAAGCCAUUUUCAUGUUCAGAAUGUGAAAAACAUUUUAACCGUAAAUCACAUCUUGUUAGACAUCAUAGAAUUCACACAGGGGCGAAGCCAUUUUCUUGUUUAGAAUGUGGGAAAUGUUUUACUAAUAAAUCAACUCUUGUUAAUCAUCAAAGAAGUCACACAGGGGAGAAGCCAUUCUCAUGCUCAGAAUGUGGGAAAUGCUUUACUUAUAAAUCAACUCUUGGUAUACAUGAGAGAAGUCACACAGGGGAGAAACCCUUUUCUUGUUUAGAAUGUGGGAAAUGUUUUACUUAUAAAUCAACUCUUGUUAAACAUCAGAGAAUUCACACAGGGGAUAAGCCAUUUUCUUGUUUACAGUGUGGGAAAUCAUACACACAGAAAUCAUGUCUUGUUAUACAUGAGAGAAGUCACACAGGGGAGAAGCCAUUUUCUUGUUUAGAAUGUGGAAAAUCAUACACACAGAAAUCAUGUCUUGUUAUACAUGAGAGAAAUCACACAGGGGAGAAGCCAUUUUCUUGUUUACAGUGUGGGAAAUCUUAUACAAAGAAAUCAUGUCUUGUUAAACAUCAGAGAAUUCACACUGGAAAGAAUCGAUUUUAAUAUUCAGAAUGUGAUAACUGGAGAUGAGCGAACUUUUGAAAAAUUCUAUUCUGCAGCUUGGUCAAAGUUCAACAAGAAAUUUUGAUUUGUCCUGAAUUAAUUUGUCAUGAAUCACUAUGUUAAAACCUCAUUUAGCCUAUCAAUCAACGAGACCAUUUUUAACGGCCCCUUAGA